AAUCUGUUUAUUUGCGGUCAUUAUACUUGGUAUUUUCGUGUCUUUCAUCUAUAAAACUAUCCUUUACUUGUGUAAAUAUAGCUUUUUAAAAUGUACUGAACUUACUUGUUUCGAUACCGCCUACUUUAUAUUUUACCGACGUUUUUCGAAGAGGGCGGUAACUGCGUAACUAGCGAAGUGCUUUAGAUACUUUGUAUGCUGAUAAGAUACUGAUGUCUAAAUACCUGAAAACCAACAAAUGAUUACUCUCCGGUUACACACAGAUUUUUAAUCCUUCGCAGGUGGAUAGAAAUGCUAUUAUAUUUAUUUCUAUUGUGCCAAAUUCUUCCAUCUGGACAAACGGCAUGUUUAAGACACUUGUCUCAAAUCGGAAACUCGGUGGAACGGUCAGAUAAUGUGUUCUUGGAGGAGGCUGGGGCAAACAACGUGCUAAGGCGGCAUCUGCUGUUCAAUCGAUUCGACCUGGAGGCCUUCACGCCGGGGAACCUGGAGAGGGAAUGCUUCGAGGAGAUCUGCAACUAUGAGGAGGCCCGGGAAGUCUUUGAGAAUUACCCAGAGACAGAUAUCUUCUGGAAAGGCUACGUCGAAGGAUACAAGGACACUAAUACAUCAAGACUAGAUGUGACUGCUCUUUUGGUUGGCAUCGUGGUGGCUGGGGUAUCCAUUUUCCUCAUUGGUCUGCUGAUCUGGUACCUCUGCCAGCUGCAGUACAAAAACGCCUCCCCUAGUUCCCCCAGGUUCUCUCUGCAGCGGAACAAUGCAUCCCUAAUGCUUACGAGGCUGGAAGAGAUCUCCCUGCAGCCUGUAGGUCCACAUUCAGAGGAAAUGCAACCCCCUGGGCUCCCCUCCUAUGAGCAAGCCCUGGCAACGUGCGGGCCUCACGAUGCCGCUCCGCCACCAUACCCAGGGUCGCGACCAGGGAGUCUUUCAGAAUGAAGCCUAUGAUGUGAUUCGGAGUGACAUUUUGGAGGAUUUCAGUUUUGUUUUGUAUAUUAAUGAGUGUAAAUAUGUGCAGUUUUUAAAAAAUUCUUCAAUAUAUACAUUUGCUAAAACUUGGAUCAUCAAUGAAUAUGCCAUGAGAUAAAUGGGAAGCAUGUUUAAGAUGCUGAUCAGAGUGUUUCUGUAAAAUGUUUCUGCCAGUUCCUCUUUUUUCUUUCACAGCUCUUAUAAAACACUGCUACUCACUUUAGGGUCUCUGACUCAAACUACAUAUGACGAAAUGAAGACCCUCUCCCUCCCAUACAUAGUCAAACUUUUUUUCUAACAUGGCAGUAGUUUUUUUUGUUUACCAUUUUAAAUACAAGGAUUGUACAAGGCUUUACUGCUUGUUGAGGGGUAUUUUAAAUGAAUGUAUCAAUGUUAUAGUGCCGUAUGAAAUGCUCAGGGUUUCGCAGGUUUUAGGUUUCCUUGCUGUAGAAUCGGAAAUGUUUAGUACCUAGAGUUCAAAGUUCAGCAUCAUUUUUGUUAAUUCUGCUCAGGCUUUGAGGAAGAGGGGUUGGCUGAUUGUCGUAAAUGGUUUGUCUAUUCUAUAGCCUAUUACAGUGGAACAUAAGCUGAUGUGUAAGUUAUUAAAUCCUAUUUGCCCUCCUAAUGAGUGACAAUUUCUAAUUUAUGUAAAAGUUGUUUUUGUUCUAAAGAAUUAGUAGUAGUGCUUUUAUAGGGAAUUUUUUGUAAAAAAGAAUGUUAUUAAUAAAUCAGUAUGACAAUA